UCAAUAACACCGUUUUCAAGCACAACUUAUACAAGUAAUGCUAAUAAUAGUCUUAUUGAUCUUGGUGAUACAGGAACAGGUGGUUAUAGUAGUCCGCCAAGUAAGAACCCCUUUCAGACACAAACACUAAAUAGUACCAACACAGCUAAGCCCACUUCACUUAAAGAUUUAGCGAGAACCCAAAUUUCAAACCAACAAGCAUCACCCUUUCAAAAUCAGAAUAAUCCCGGAGGAUAUG